GCUACUAUGACUUUAGCCCGCCAUAUCGACCCGGAGGAGCUUGUUGAGCGCCUCCACGAUGCCAACCUCACCGAGAAUGGCCGACAGCUGCGCCAGAUGAUGACUACUUCUCAUCUAACACCUUACGGUACCAAAUUUGCAAGCGAAUCAGCAGUGCCCAAGUAUACGAUUCCCAAGGAGGGAACGCCGACGGAUACCGCCUACCAGCUAAUUCAUGAUGAACUAGACCUCGAUGGCAAACCAAAUCUGAACCUUGCCAGUUUCGUAGGGACUUACAUGGAACCAAACGCCAUCCAACUGAUGGCGGAGAAUUCAUCUAAGAAUCUGGCUGACAAUGACGAGUAUCCGGCCAUGAUGUCUCUUCAUGAGCGUUGCGUUAGCAUCCUCGCCAACCUCUGGGGCGCCAAGAAGAGCGAGAAAGCCGUUGGGACAGCGACCACCGGCUCCUCGGAGGCCAUUCACCUGGGAGGCUUGGCAAUGAAGCGUCGCUGGCAGGAACAUCGCAAGGCAAAGGGCUUGGACACUUAUCAUCCAAAUAUCAUCAUGGGUGCCAACGCGCAGGUCGCCCUCGAGAAGUUCGCGCGCUACUUCGACGUCGAGCCGCGUAUUCUCCCGGUCUCUAAGGAGAGCAAUUACCGACUAGACCCGAAUCUUGUCCGGAAGAAUAUCGACGAGAACACGAUUGGCGUGUUCGUCAUUCUAGGAAGCACUUAUACCGGUCACUAUGAACCGGUAGAAGAGAUCUCGAAAAUUCUCGACGAGUACGAGGAGAAGACAGGCAUCGAUAUCCCGAUCCACGUCGAUGCAGCAUCCGGGGGUUUUGUUGCGCCAUUUACUCACGCCCAAGCCGGCGGGCCGAAGUGGAAUUUCGAGCUCCCGCGAGUCAAGUCCAUUAACGUGUCGGGUCAUAAAUACGGUCUCGUCUAUGCUGGCGUCGGUUGGAUCGUCUGGCGGGACGAAGCCUACCUACCACAGCACCUAAUUUUCGAGCUGCAUUAUUUAGGAGGCACCGAGAAGUCUUACACGCUCAAUUUCUCGCGUCCGGGUGCACAAGUCAUCGUACAGUAUUACAACCUAAUCCACCUCGGAUUCGACGGGUACCGCGAGAUAAUGGAGAAUUGCCUCCGGAAUGCACGCCUCUUGUCCAAGAGUCUCGAAGCCACCGGAUGGUACACGUGCGUCUCCGACAUCCACCGCCGGGCGUCUACCUCAUCGAGCGUAAUUUCAGAUGCGAAACACGCCGUCCUCGGCGAGGAGGGCGAAACAUCAGCCGACUACGUGGCCGGGCUACCAGUUGUGUCGUUCCGAUUGACAGACGAGUUCAAACGGGAGUUCCCGCACAUCAAGCAGGAAUGGGUAUCGCUACUCAUGCGCGCGCGCCAGUGGAUAAUACCCAACUACGCGCUCCCCCCCAGCGAGGAUAAGAUUGAAAUCUUACGUGUGGUCAUCCGCGAAUCCAUGAGUCUGGAUCUGCUGGACCGCCUGAUUGCGGACUUGGUGUCUGUGACGCAGACCCUGAUCGAAAACGACGAGGUAGACCUGUCAAUCCUCCAGAAGCAGAAGCCAGCUGGAGAUAGCCGGCCGCGCAAGGACGCAAGUAAAGGGGGUCGUUCAGAGGAGUCUGCUAAGGUACUCGAAGGGAAGGUGGCACGACUGGCGGGCGGUAUUCACAGGAGCGUCUGCUGA